GAAGUUUACACAAGUUAAAACAGCGACAACCAUGGCUAGGUGAUGUGUGGUAUUUACUGUUGUUGCCUGUGUUUGAGCGAGUGUUGUCGAGGUACCUGAAGAAGCCUGGAGAUAAAACAACUCGACUUGAUCUUCAAAAAUUCCCCAUUGUUGGUGAAAAGCGAUAAAAAAAAUGCCUGAGGGCGGAAAAUCCAAGAACAAGAAAAAGAACAAGGUGCAGGCCCAAUCUGACGCUUCCGAUGCGAGCACCUUGAAAGCCGAUAGCAGAGAAUCCGUGGAGAAUAAUGACCAGCCCGAAUCGACCGAAGACAACAAACAGGAAGAGACAGAAAAUGGGGAGGAUUUGGAUACUGGCUCGAAUGAUGGGCUUGUUGACGAUGAACCAGGCGACUCAAGAGCCAAAUCACCUAUCCUAGAGGCUCUCCGAUCAAAAGAUCGUUUUGACGCCCUUGUAAAAGACAGAGAUUCGCUACGUGCCGAAGUGACCGAUAUGCGUAAAUCCUUGGAACUGAUCCAGUCGAAACAUCAUGAUGAUAUGGAGGCUCUACAUGGCAAAUUAGAAGACGCAGAGAGCAAAAAGGAGCACGCAGAAUCCCAGUACCGUGGGUUGCUUGAAAGAGUGAACACAAUCAAAGCCCAGCUUGGUGAGCGUCUCAAAGAAGAUGCCGAAGAAAUCGCUCAAGCGAGGUCGAAGAUCGAGGACUUGGAGGCGCAAAACUUACGCACGAAGGAAGAGUACGAACCAAAGGUAUUGGAGCUGUCGGAUGACAAUCAACGGCUGUCAAAAGAGCUGUCUGAACUACGCGAACGAACAAAUCUGUCGCAACAAAAUUGGUUGAAGGAGAAGGAUGAUAUUCUCGAACAAGAAUCAUAUCUUCAGUCGGAGUUUGAACAAGCAAAGGAGGCGAUGCAUAACUGGGAAGUGCUUGCCAUGGAAGAACGUUCAAUCAGGGAAAGCUUGGGAGAAAAAGUAAUAGAUUUGGAGGAACAACUGGCUACUGUGAGAGCCGCAUACGAGAAGACUUCUGCUGAGCAUGAAUCCCAAGCAGCGACCGUGGAUGGUUUGCAACGAGCCCUGCAAGAAAUCCAGGCCGCACGCAAGCAAGAGCUUCGUGAACUCGUUGAAACCUCUGAUUCUCAGCUCGAGGAACUGAAGCAGGCGUUGAACGAUGCUAAAACAAAAGAAUCAGAUUCGGGGAAAUCCCUGCAAGAGAUUCAACAGGAACUUGAGAGAGUCCGGCCUUU